AGCUAUUACUAUGCUAAUACCUACUUAAAUGCCUGCUAAUACCUGCUUUAAUACCUUCUUUAAUGCCUGCUUUGAUGCCUGCUUUGAUGCCUGCUUUGAUGCCUGCUUUGAUGCCUGCUUUGAUGCCUGCUAAUACCUACUUUAAUACUUGCUUUAAUACCUGCUUGAAUACCUACUUAAAUGCCUACUUGAAUGCCUACUUACUUUUCCGUGCUAUAGAACCUGGAGAUGUUAGUUAACCUGUUAGCUAUGGACAUUCCUAUAUCUACUUUUAUAAGCUAUUACCAUGCUAAUACUUACUUGAAUGCCUACUUGAAUGCCUACUUAAAUAACUACUUGAAUGACUACUUGAAUGCCUGCUCAUACUUGCUUUAAUGCCUACUUGAAUGCCUA